AUACCUGAGAGCGUUUAACCUCUUCCUCCCUGGCAGGGGCGUCAUGUGACGGCUCCAGUGGGCGGGGGCCUGGGUGUUGGUGGAGGAGGCAGUUCCUUCCCCGGUGACCUGCGGAGGGGGGGAGCCGCCAGAGCGCGAUGUGACGGAGCCCGGUUUCGGGUGUUAUAGAAUAUGGCCCCCAACAAGUCGCUGCUGAGUCUGGCGACCUUCCUGUUCGGCCUGGCCAUCGGCUUCAUCUUCUGCUAUGUGAUCGUCACCAUCGCCCUGCAAGAGCGGGAUGAGCACCCGCCCGACGUCCUGCACAACGACCCCCAUGGGCGGCACAUGGAGCAGGAGCACCAGCAGCUGCCGGGACACAUCAUGGACUUCAAUGCUGAUGCCCAGCAGCACCACGAUGAGGAUGUUCAUGUUUCUGAAGACCUCUACAAAAAGGUGAGAGUCCUCUGCUGGGUCAUGACAGGCCCUCAAAACCUGGACAAGAAGACCAAACAUGUGAAGGCCACAUGGGCGCAGAGGUGCAAUAAGGUCUUGUACAUGAGUUCUGAAGAAAAUAAAGACUUCCCCACCGUGGGGCUGGACACCAAGGAGGGACGGGACCAGCUUUACUGGAAGACCAUCAAGGCCUUCCAGUAUGUGCACGACCACCACCUGGACGAAGCCGAUUGGUUCAUGAAAGCGGACGAUGACACAUACGUCGUGGUGGACAACCUGCGGUGGCUUCUGUCGAAGCAUAGCCCGGAGGAGCCCAUUUAUUUUGGCCGGAGGUUCAAGCCUUACGUCAAACAGGGCUACAUGAGCGGAGGGGCCGGCUACGUCCUCAGCAAGGAAGCCUUAAUCAGGUUCGUAAAUGCCUUCAAGGAGGAGAAGUGUACGCACAGCUCAUCGGUGGAGGACCUGGCGCUCGGGAAGUGCAUGGAGAACAUUAACGUCAAGGCAGGAGAUUCUAGAGACACUAGCGGAAAGGAGACUUUUCACCCAUUUGUCCCCGAGCAUCAUCUCAUCCAGGGAUAUCUGCCAAAGACUUUUUGGUAUUGGAAUUACAACUACUAUCCUCCCAUCGAGGGUCCCGGCUGCUGCUCUGACCUGGCUAUUUCCUUUCACUAUGUGGACUCUACGACUAUGUACCAGCUGGAGUACCUGGUGCAUCAUCUCCGUCCCUAUGGGUACAACUACAGAUACAGCGCAGACUCUCGGAAUGAUCUGGAGCAGAAAAAUGUAAAUGAUAAAGUGGACGUGAAAGCAGAGUAAUGCAAGCAACAAUCGUAAGGGAUUACCGAAAAAAAUUGGGCAACUUCUGUCUGAUCUUAAGAAAGGGGUAUGUUGCCCCCUGUCAGGCUGGCAAUCAGAAUCUGUGCAAUGUGUUGAGGGAUUUAUUUUUUAUUUUUUUUUAAAUCUUAAAUAUCGAAGAUCCAUUUUGGCGAUCGAAUUUUUAUUGACAAUCAUAUAGUAAUUUGUAUGGAAUCAGCUCGAUGACCUUUUGGUAUUCGUCCUGUGUCCAGAGACAAGACGUUCUCCACUGAGACUCUGGUAAAGCCGCACUCCUGAAGGAUAUUUAUUCUAUAAAGGAAUUCUACAAACCACUGGUUUUCCUGGAAAUUGCUUCUUGCAAAAUGCACGUUACACGGUGAUGAGAGGAUCCGGUAGAGACCUACCAAGGAUGAAGCAGGUGGGCCAGUAUGGGGCUGUCCAGUCCUACGUGGCCUUGUACAAUUUAGUUCUACUUUACCUUAAAUACCAGGGAAUUGCUUAAAUAACAACCACCUGUUAUGUUUCUGGAAUCACUCCAAGAAGCUGAGAGAUUGAUCCAGUUCCCGGGCUUCGUGGUUUCAGUCUGUAUUUGUCCGUCUGUAGUCUAUGAAUUGGUUGUCUCCCCUUCCCCAUCCUGUAUUCUUGUUUUUUCCCCACAGCCAGCUGGAUCUGCCGUAGUAUCUUUAUAUUAGGGGUUUGCCACUUAAGCAGUUGCCUUUAUACUUUCAGCUUAAGGGCUUGUUUGAUUUUGAAAACCUGUUUUCAAGUUCCCUCUCAAUCUGGGAGCCCAAGAACGUCCUUUUGAUUUUUAAUGUGCACG